AUGCUCUCCCGAACCUUCGCCCAGUCCGGUGCCCGCGCCGCUAGGAGCCUCGCUCUCCGAAGUGGGUCGGUCCGCAUGGUCACCCCGGCCGUCGCACGACGAACACUGCUCACUUCGGCCGCCCAGAGGACACUCACGAUCGGUGCUCAGACCACCGCAUUUGCUGCUCACAGGAGCUUCUCUUCCUCUUCGAGCCGCAAGGAGAUCGUCAAGGUUCCCCAGAUGGCCGAAUCCAUCACCGAGGGUACCUUGAAGCAGUGGAACAAGAAGGUCGGCGACUUUGUCAAGGCCGACGAGGAGGUUGCUACCAUCGAGACCGAUAAGAUCGACGUCUCGGUCAAUGCUCCUCAGUCCGGUACUAUUACCGAGGUGUUUGCAAACGAGGAGGACACUGUAGAGGUUGGCAAGGACCUGUUCAAGCUUGAGCCCGGUGAGGCUCCCGCUGAGGGCGCCAGCUCUGGCGACAAGCAGUCGGAGAAGAAGGAAGAGAGCAAGGACGAUGGCAAGCAGGAGAAGAAGGACGACCAGCCCAAGAAGGAAGAGUCCAAGGAGUCCAAGCAGCCCGAGAAGAAGAGCGACGACAAGAAGCCCUCUCCCUCGGCAGACCCGCAAUCGCGACCCUCGGCCGCCAACUCGUCGUCUCCCUCCAAGUCCUCAUCGUCGUCCAGCCCAUCCUCAAAAUCUUCUUCAUCGUCGUCGUCGUCUUCGUCGUCUUCUGCAUCGAAAACCGCGGCAGGCAGCCGAGAGGAGAACCGCGUCAAGAUGUCGCGCAUGCGCCUGCGUAUCGCUGAGCGCUUGAAGCAGUCGCAGAACACGGCGGCGUCGCUGACGACGUUCAACGAGAUCGACAUGUCGAACCUGAUGGCAUUCCGCGCACGACACAAGGACCGCAUCCUCAAGGAGAAGGGAGUCAAGCUCGGCUUCAUGUCGGCUUUCGCCAAGGCAUCGGCUAUGGCGCUCAAGGACGUGCCCGCUGCCAACGCCAGCAUCGAAGGUGCUGGUCUGGGUGACACGAUCGUCUACCGCGACUUUGUGGAUCUGUCUGUUGCCGUGUCGACGGACAAGGGUCUGGUGACACCCGUGGUCAGGAACCUGGAGAGCAUGUCGCUCAUCGAAAUUGAGCAGGCGAUCUCGGACCUCGGCAAGAAGGCGCGCGACAACAAGCUCACGCUCGAAGACAUGAGCGGCGGAACGUUCACCAUCAGCAACGGUGGCGUGUUCGGUUCGCUGUUCGGCACGCCCAUCCUCAACCUGCCUGGAUCGGCUAUUCUGGGUAUGCACGCCGUCAAGGAGAAAGCGUGGGUGGUGGAUGGAAAGGUGGAGAUCCGACCGAUCAUGGUUGUGGCUCUGACCUACGACCACCGAUUGCUCGACGGCCGUGAAGCGGUGACGUUCCUGGUCAAGCUCAAGCAGUACAUUGAGGACAUGCCAAGCAUGCUUCUCUAG